ACAGCGGUGCAUGGCUGUCUCAGGGAUAAUGUGGUCACUUUAGGUGUGACAUUAUUCAGGUCACAUGGGAGAAGGCUUUGUGAGGAAAUGCAAAUGUUGAAGUUCUGAAAGAAGUUGGUAUAAAAGAAGAAGGCUUUUCUCCAGUUCUCCUCUCACUUGGGUGAUUAACAAUCUGUUUUUCUCUCCGUUCACGAUGCAGCUUUAUGGAGCUCUGAUCCUGUUUAUGACUCUGUCUACAGCAUGUGGAUUAAGAUGUUACACAUGCACAGCCACUGAUCCUAAAUCCUGCACUGACACCAAAUCUUGUCCUGUCAUCUUCAACCGCUGUUUCUCUCUCAGAAUAGACGGUUAUAACAUGGUUACCAAGGGCUGCCAAACCUCCUUAGCAUGCGUAGGUGCCAUGGCUUGCUGUGAAGGGAACUUGUGUAACAGUGUCAUACCAACUGGUCCCUGUGGCAUCCUCCUGCUGGUAUCUUCAGCCAUCAUCACACUCUUCCUGUGAGGCUCUGGGAGUUUGUUAUUUCCAUGCUGCACUUUUUUCUGACUCAAUUUGUACAACUGAAGAAGAAUAAAGAACUUCUCACUGCAAAAACUCAAUUUCUCAGUAAGUGAGAUAAUCAUA